AUGCAGAUCAAAGACCGCACCUUCAUUGUGAGCGGAGGGUCUUCUGGCCUAGGUCUCGCAACCGCCGUUCUCUUCCUCCAACGUGGCGCAAACGUCUCCAUCCUCGAUCUUAAUCCUCCGCCCUCAGAUGCCUCCCUCGACCCAUCCCGAAUUCUUUUCACAAAGACCAACGUCGCGUCUACCGAGUCAUUACAGACAGCCGUGCAAAAUACAGUACAAUGGGCUCAACAGACUACCAAACCGCUCUCCGGUGUCAUCUGUUCCGCUGGCAUCGGCACUGCAGCGUUGGCUCUUCCUAAACAAGAUCCCUCGGCGACCCAUAACAACGUCAAAUACAUGGACAUGUCUGGAUUUGAUCGUACGUUGGCCAUCAAUCUCCGGGGCACGGUUGACUUGAUCCGGCUCGGUCUUCCGCACAUGGCUCUCAACAAACCAUGGGGUCCCGACGGUGAGCGAGGGAUCGUGAUUGUGGUCUCGUCCGUGGCUGCAUAUGAAGGCCAAGUCGGUCAACUUGCCUACAGCGCAAGUAAAGGCGCCGUCCGCAGCAUCGUUCUUCCACUGGCUCGCGAACUGGGCCAAAAGGCCGGGAUUCGGGUGAUGGGGAUUGCGCCUGGUGUCUUUCAAACCGGGAUGACCGUGCAACCGAAAAAGAAACCGCAACCAGAAGGAGCCAAAAAGGAAGGAGUUGAAAAAUCGAAAGGGAGCACUGGAGCACGAGCGGGCAUGAAUACGGAAAUGAUCCAGUAUCCAAUGCGCAUGGGUCAGGGUCAUGAGUUCGCACGACUAGUCCAAGAGAUUGUUGAGAAUCCAAUGCUGAAUGGGUUUGUCAUUCGACUCGACGGCGCAGUGAGGAUGCCCAGCCGACUGUGA